GUAAUAUUGCCAUACAAUAUUGUGAAUUUUUUUCCCUCAGACUUUAAGAGAACCGUUUUUAUUUUUUUUAUAAACUAACUGCGGUAUACUCAUUUUUUAGAAGAAACAAAGGUCGAUGUUGAGUACUCCAGUCUCUUAAUGUUCUGGAACUUUCAAUUCUCAUUGUUUCUUAAGAGUUUCUUCAUUAUGAUGUCAUGAAUGAUGUUAUAAAAUGUUCGUGACCUUUUUUAUCACGUCAAGAAUUUCGCUUCCGUUCUGAUGCUCUGUAUUUAUAUAUGGCAAGUAUAUUUAUAUCUUGUGUCUUAUCUUCUAGGCCAACAGGGCAAUCAUAAUCUUGGAUUUUACAAAAUUUUGUUGUUGUCAGUUUUUUUACGAUUUAAUAGUUUCUUAAUUUUUUUGCUUCGAGUACUGAAGUUUCUUAAUUUUCUCUGACUGUCCAAUAUUCGUUUCUUAUAGCCAGUUUCUUAUAAAAAAGAGUGUAGAUGAUGAACUUGAAAAUGAAAAAUGAGGGUGAGUUUUUUUAGUCUGGGCUGUGGACUUUGGGGCUAUUGAAAGGGGAACUGGGCUUGAAUGAUAACCUCGGCUUGAGAUGCAACGGAAACUCGUUUUCAAAUAUUAGGAAUUUGGCGCCAAGGAAAGGCAAGCAAGGGAAUGUCGGUUGGACAACUGUUUGUUGCGAAAUCCCAUGAAAUAUUGCGAAAUUAGUUGUCUGAUGUCAAGGAACUCUCAUGAUAACAGCUGGAUUCGUGUUUUAGUUUAUGUGAAUUCGUAUGCAACAAUUUUUGGUGAAAGAUGGAGUCGAAUCUUCCUAGGCCAACUUUCAAAACACCGCGUCCAAUUCCUGUAAUAGUUACGGACCAAGUGUUUUCACACAAGAAGAAAGGAAUUGCUCAUUAUUCGCCUCCAAAGCCACCUGCAAAAUCUGCACCACCAAUUAGCAGAGUUUUUAAGCAAACAAGGAAAACUUUGAGUCGUCCACAAGCAGUCAGUUUUCGGGAACGAAAUAGCAGUAUUGAGAGUCCACAUUACAAUGCAGAAUUACAUGUAUCAUAUUUUGAGCAGUGUUUUAAAGUCCUGAGUAAACUUGGUACUGGUUCCUUUGGAGAGGCCUUCAAGGUUCAAAGUAUAGAAGAUGAAAAGCUGUAUGCUGUGAAAAAGAGUAGGGUUAGAUUCAAAGGAGAUUUUGACAGGAAACAAAAACUGGAGGAAGUGCACAAACACGAACAAAUCCACGACUCCCGAAACUGUGUCAAAUUCUACAGAGCCUGGGAAGAGAGGCAAUUUCUAUUCAUUCAGACAGAAUUAUGUGAAAUGAGCUUGAAAGAUUAUGCAGAAAAGGUUGAAUCCAUCGAUGAGAAUGAAAUCUGGAAUAUUCUGGUUGAUUUAACUAUGGGUUUGAAACAUUUACACGAUCACAACUUUGUUCACAUGGACAUCAAACCAGCUAAUCUGUUUCUUGGUCGCGAUGGAUAUUACAAAAUUGGUGACUUUGGGUUAGCUCUAGAUGUUUCAAAACCAAAGGAUGUUCUAGAGGCCCAGGAAGGGGACCCAAAAUACAUGGCACCAGAGCUGAUGCAGGGAGCUUUCACAAAGGCAGCAGACAUAUUCAGCCUCGGUAUUACGAUGCUAGAGUUGGCCUGUGAUAUGGACUUACCGAAGGGAGGGGAGCUUUGGCAAGAUUUGAGAGAAGAAAGGUUGCCUUUCGAGUUUACUGGAGGUUUGUCAAGACCCCUCCUAAAUCUAAUCAAAAGAAUGAUGUCUAAAGACCCAAGGAAAAGGCCAACCGUAGAAGAUAUUCUGGCAGAUACUAAUGUAAAAAAGAUCAUCAAAAGGAGAGAUCGAUAUUGGAUCGUUUCGAAAAUGCAAAUGUUUGGUUCGCUGCUCCUGUCGUAUUUUCUUCAGUUUAUGCAUCUCCUUCUGAUGCUGAUCAUGCUGCCGAAAACUCUUUUUGUUGAAGCGCCUGGGACACCCCAAAGUCGUUUGCCACCUUCGGAUUUGGAUUCGACUUUCCCGCACAGCUCUGACUCCAGUUUAUCUUUUGAUGGCCAUGAAUCCAUCUUCAACAACAGUUCCGAUGACAACAUUCUGUCUAUUCCUUCUCCAAGGAGAAGAUUCUGCAGUGAUUGCACGGGAAUUAGAACCAACUUGCACGACAGCCUGAACACCCCAGAUCAAAAACUUGGUUUUAUCAUGGAAUCAAGCCCGGAUAUGGGAAGCUCCCCCCGGCUUGACACCAGUCUGACUAGCAGUCCACGGCUGAGCCCGCUGUUCGAUCCAAUGAGAAGCCUUCAGAUGGGGGGCACCCCAAUGUCGGAGAAACUGCCGAGAACGAGGCUGUUUUCUGAGGAUGAUAUUGGAGAAGACUUCGACCCAAAGAGUUUGAUUGCGAAAUUCAACGAUGCUGCAAGCGAUGCCCUAUGAAAUUCUACGCUGGGCCAUGUUGUUAUUAUAAUGAUCGAUGGCAACUCCAAUGAUUAGUGACGUCACGUACGGUCUGUUCAAGUCAGAUCUAGAAUUGGUGACCAAGCUUUGAGUUCUAUAGCAGAUGCAAUAGACUAUGCCCUCCGAAUUGGUUUGAUACACAAGGAACCUGGUGAAGACGAGAGAUAACCCCUUAAUGCCAGCCUUAUUAUUGCCCAUCUGGGAGUAGCUUGCGUGAAUAAACAACCAGAUCUUUUGAACAUAAAAAAGAAAGCUUUUCAUAAAGUUCUCUGACGUCAGUAAAUAAUUGCCUCUCCCGUCUACUUUUCUGGAAUUUUUAAGAACGCCGCUUUCUAUUUCACCCCCCUGCUUUCAGCGCCUCAGUUUAUAAAUCCCCCCGGUUUAUUAAAUUUCGGACUUGGCCAUGACCUCCCGUUUAUUUUGUAGAGUACCCCAGUUUUUUUCUGUCAUCAUCAUAGGAAAUUGUUCUUAUAGUUUUUUCCGUUGACAGGAUCCUAUUUUUUAUACACUCCUAAUUAGAAAAUAGUUCAAAAUGCUUACGGAAAUUUACACUAAUGACUGCCAAGAUUAAUUGGAACAUCCAGCAAUUUGUGUUUUUGUUUAUAUUUUUCAUUUUGUUUUCUAUUACUAUUUCCGCCACCUUCCCCCUAGUUUUUGUUGAUAGUCUAGACAAAUAUCGAACACUCACUGCCGGUGAACUCUCUGUCGAACGAUGAUUCUCAAGAAAAACUUGUAAUCUUCUACAUCAUUUUAUAAUAAACCAGCGUUGUUCCCAUGGCGAGGGGGUAGCAGAGUUUCCCUUGAAAACUUUGUGUUCCAAGAUUUUUGGCAGAGAUUGCAGUUUACACGAGAUUUUUCCAAAGCCAAGAAUAUUGGCGGAAAGCUAGACGACUGCCAGGAAGGUCAAUUCCACCCUGUUUUCAUUGUUUUUUUACAAAAUGCUUUUUAAAGCUCUUUGACCACAGGAUGAAUAAACUCUUUUUCUUCCAUCUGGAUUUUCCAUACACCCAUGCUCUCUGAAUUGCGUUUAGUUUUGUGUUCACAAGAACCUUUCCUUCAACGGUACAAAACGUUUGAGGUGCAUAUCUUUUAGCUGCGAUAAAUUAUUGUCAACGGAGACUAUAGGUAAUGUAGAAUCGGAGACAAUUGUAAAAUCCACAUUGUGGCUUUUUUGAAGUCACUCUGUCGCGUUUUUAUUCUAGUGGAAUAUUGUUGUUUCUAGCUAAAAUACGGCUGUUAAUCUGUAUGGUACUUUGAUUAAUGUUCAUAUUCAAUUUUUUUAUUUAUUUUACAUUGUAAAUAAUCAAAAAAAUAUCAUUUUGAUUCAAACGAACUCUUUUUC